UAUUUGUUUUGGCCAUACUUUUCACAUUAAAUACUUUAGGUAAGUAGAUUUAUUUACAUUUUUUUUUUUUUCAGAAAAGAACUCGAAUUUGGUGAACAUCUUAGAUUGACCUAGCAAUUAUUAUGCACAAUCGAUUAUUUUAGUAGUUUGAUAAUUUGAAUAUUCUAAAACUUCAUAAAUUUGUGAUCAAAAUCAAUGAUUUCUUCUUUUCACAUUGUCAGCAAUUGCUCAUUAUAUUUAUACGAUUUGCUAAAGAUGGAGAAUUUAAGUGGCAAAUGAUAUUUCAAAGACUGCAUCAGGAAUUGGAUUUUAUGUAUAAUUUUGUUUUGAAACCGAUAAAGUAAGCCAUGCAUGAUAAUUAGAUGCAAACUAGCUUGAAAAUGCAAAUGAGCAUGAUAAUGACGUAGACUUGUUAAAUAGAGGUAAAUCGAAAUCGACCUAGGUAAGCAUUGUGUGGUCAAAUGAAAUACCGACAACAAAGAAUUGUAGAAAAAAUCAACCUUUUUUACAGCUUUGAUUAGCGACAGUCUCAAUUAAUUCUGAAAAGGAUAGGAAGCGGUUUGAGAGCACUGUAUGACGGAAAACCACUACUAAAGUCGGAUGUCAAAUAACAAAAGCCUAGACACAAGUAGUAUAUAGAUACGGGGGAUAACGGUGUUUAAACUUAGGCUUAGUCCCCCCUCUCCCCCCAAAAGAGGGUUAUAAAUACGUGUAGGCCACCUCUUUCUGUGUCUAUUUUAGUCAGUUCUUCCUGUACGUCGCUCGUCAUUUUAUAUCUAUAAUGAUUUAUCACAAGUGUGCAGCUUAUAUUCGUCAUUAAUUAUUUAUCAUCACGCCCGUUUUAAGGGCAUGUAAUUAGAAGGAAGUCUUCAUACAGCUUCUGAUCUAGAGAGUGAAAUGUAUAAACCUCCGCCAGAGGAAGGGUGCAAGGUCUAACAAUCUUUUUGUUGUGCUGGAGAACUGCAGUCAUUUACGUUAAUGUAUAAUAAUGGAUCUCAUUAUAUUUAUUUUGUCCCACAGAAAUAAUUUUUAUUCCUGUAGAUAAUAGACCUAUUUUCUUUGGCUAAUUUAGACCAUUCGAUAAAUACAGGCAGUUAGACCUUUAUAACAUAUCAUUUUUAACUUUUCAAAUAACCUUGUCCGAAGGUCAGCAGAAAUCAUCAGAUUCCGUGUAAAUUAUACGACCUUCCACUUUUAAAAAAAAGAUAUUUGGUUAGAUAAUCAUUAAUUAUAAUUCUAAAAGCUCGCAUUAUCAGAUGGUGUUUUAGAAGUGUUUUCCGUUUAUAAGUAGUUUGCCUUUCUUAAUUCAAACGAGUCAAUUUGUUCGAUACUUAAAGCAGUACUGAUAAUGAUGUAAUUUCAGACGUCAGGCGUCUAAAUGUCUCCACAGUACUUCCAGACUUUGUAAACAGGGGAUGUGUCUGAAUGCAGUUUCUCUGGGUCAGCGUACCUAUAUAUCCUCCCUGUAUUCGUACAUAACUUGAAAUAGCUUGAAAAUUAAGGAAUUAAGGAAUCAUUCUUCUCUUUCUCUCCCCCCCCUCUCUCUCUCUCUCUCUCCGAAUCUCACUCAAGAUUUUCCCACACCAGUUUCCUUUCCCCCCAAAUAACAUUCAGCACACACCACAAUUUGACACGACUAAAUAAUGAGAACAGAUGAGAAAAUUAAUACAGACUGGGUUUUUUUAACACUCUGAUAAGGCAUAUACAGAAUUUGAUGGGAGGCUUUUUUAACGUUACCGCUUGCUGUUGUUCUCUAAACUAAUUUCUUUUGAUGAGAUGUAUUUCGAUGCUAGAUGGAUCAUGCCCAGCGAUGCAGAUUGUUCUCGAUGAUAUAACUAUGGGUUAAUUCCGAUCUAUAACAGAUAAAAGUAUUUCAACAUUUGUGGACUUUCAAAGUAAAUUCAUAGUCCAUUCCGAGCCGAAGUGUACUCCUCCUUGGAAGCGCGUACACCGAGGUUGUUACCUGUUUAACAGACAGUUAUCCACGUGGUACGAGGCGCAACAGUCCUGUCAUGACGUGGGCGGUUUCUUGGUCUCCUUGUCCAGCAAAACAGAAGCGAUUCGAGUGUUACUGAACAUUCACCCUCUAAUCCGGACGGCGUCCAUGAAACAAUGGUGGCUAGGCCUGUCCCUCAACAAGACGAUCGCCAAGUGGAAAUGGGAGGACGGAAGUGACCUCCACACAAACGUCAUAGCAUGGAAACCUGGCGAGCCAAAUAAUUCUCUAAGAAAAGAACAAUGUGGAGAAAUGAACAUUCAAGGCAAACUGAACGACCAAAAAUGUGACUCGCUGAACCCCUUCAUAUGCGAGCAGCACCCGCCCACGUUACCUCCUCCUUCCAUCGCAACCACUACAAGUGCACACACAACAACGAUUUUACCCACAGUUGUGACAAGAAAUCCGACACAUAAUGUGAAAACGACCACAUUUUUUAACCUAAACAGGACGUUUACGGUAGGAUACAAACAGGGGAAAGUGACACUAGUCAAAAAACACCCCCCGGAAUUGUCCACAGAAGCUAUGACGCCGAAAGACAACAAAGACCUAGACACAGAAGACCCUGUUAACGACCCUCAAGUAAAGACAGACGUGACAUCAGAACCUUCCAAUAUUGUGAGAACUACAUCAAGACCAUCUCCUAUCUCUCCAAAAACUACGCUUGACACAUCCAAACAAGACCAUCCAACACAGACGUCUCCCAAGCUCCAUGAAAUUCGCACUCCCAGCACACAAAGAGCAAAUGAAAAGGAAGACGAAAGCCAGUGCACACCUUUGGAAGCCUAUGAUAUAUCGUGGCCAAGGGCGAGCAAGGGAGAAGUCGUCAGUCGUCCGUGUAAAACUGGAUCUGGAUUCGCUACCUGGCAAUGCGAUGAUAAAACAGCAGAAUGGAAAGGAAGACCUGAUAUUGACGACUGUGUAUCUGAAGAUAUGAAAAAAAUCCUUCACCAGAAAGUGGAUACCGCGGAGGAUGUGUCCCAGCUAACAGCGGAUCUGGUGGACGUUUUAGAUGCUGGCAAAAGAACGGUGUCUGAUAUCAUUACAACAACGCGUGUGUUCAAAUCCAUCCCCAAAAUAAGACCAAAAGAUGAAGAGGAAUUCAGAACUCUUGCACAAGACACCAUUUCAAUUGGAAGUUUGUUGGUGAAGCAGACGAUGGACGCUUCAGAACUAUCGUCUGCGGACAAAAAGCGCGCUGCCUCUGUCAUCCUGUCAGCGAUUGAUGAUGCAGCCAAUGAGCUGUUGGAUUCCAUUGACAAGCCAAUGGCUUUCCAAACGAAAUCCCACACUAUUUUGGCCAUGUUCUACGUUUUGGAUUCUGCCUCCGCAGCCGAUAUGAGGUUCAACAGUGACGACACCGAUUCAGAUUUUCUAAUACCUUCACAUGCGAUAAAACAUUACAAUAGAAAUGGUUUAACAAAAGUGGUUUUCAUGAAGCACACUAACGCAGCCGAUUUACUUCCCGUCCCUGACAUCAACUACACUGUCCUGAAAGACAUCCUCAGUGCUUCCAUUCCUGGAUUUGACAUCAAGAACCUUCAAGAUCCCGUGACAUUUACCAUGAAACUAGAAAAAAGCAGAUUAUCAGGAUCUCAUAUUGCAACACCUCUCUGCUCAUUCUGGAAUUUUUCAAAAGGGGAGGUUGGAGAUUGGUCACAGGAUGGUUGUAUUUUGAGAUAUAAGAACUUCACACACGUCAAAUGCCAGUGUAACCACCUGACAAACUUUGCAAUUCUUAUGGACGUGUCCGGAGUUGAGUUGGGAUAUGAGCACGUCCUGUCGUUGACCUUCAUAAGUUACAUUGGUUGCAUCGUUUCUAUCAUCUUUCUGGCCACCAGUUGGCUGACAUUCCAAUGUCUAGGGUCUUUACAAGGCGAGAGGAACUCUAUUCACAAGAAUCUGGUGUUUUGUCUCUUCAUAGCAGAGAUCAUCUUUGUAAUUGGUAUCGGGAGAACUGAACAAAAGGUCGCCUGUGCUGCCAUAGCGCUUCUUCUUCACUUCUUUUUUCUGUCCGCCUUCACGUGGAUGUUGAUGGAAGGGAUUCAUAUCCUCGUCAUGUUGGUGCAAGUGUUCGACGCGGCCAAAUCCAGGCUUAAAUAUUACUACCUCGUAGGAUACGGUGCCCCUAUCAUAGUAGUCGGAAUCACGGCUACGACAGACUUUACUGCGUACGGAACAGAUAAUUAUUGUUGGUUGACGACUCAAAACUGGUUUAUCUGGAGUUUUGCGGGACCAGUAGCUCUAGUGCUUGUGGUGAAUGCUCUAGUGCUUUCGUAUUCCAUGACAAUGGUGUGUAGACAUUCUGCUUACGUUUUUUCACAAGAUCAAUCGCAGUCAGGGACUUUCAGAGCAUGGAUCCAAGGUGCUUUUGCUAUUGAGGUCCUGCUUGGUUUGACUUGGGUUUUUGGGUACUUUUUCAUCAACAAGGAGACUGUGGCAGUAGCUUACAUAUUCACUAUACUCAACAGUCUUCAAGGCCUCUUUAUUUUCAUCUUCCACUGUGCUAUGAACAGAAAGGUGAGGGGAGAAUACAAGAAACUUGUCCGUCUCAGCAAGCGAGCGCCCUCUACAACUAAACCACAAUCCAACUCAGUCCGGAAACAGAGUGGUUCUUAUGAAUUGUAUGUUCCUUCCUCCUAAUCCUAAAGAAUUCCCAAAGUUUAAAAUUACCCAGAAUUCCAAGUUUGGUGUAUUGAUGCUAACUCACAAAUUGCCAUUAGAAUCUACUAUAUUGUUUGGAUCACACUUCUGCUAAGCUGUAUUACUCAAUCCAUUUAGCUGUAUAGAACUGUUGUUCUCAGGGUCUUUUUUUUUGGAGGAGGGGUGUUCCCAAAGAGCUACAGUUCUGCAGCUACAUUUCAUUUUGACAUUACAAUGUACAAAAGGUCUUCCAACUAUCUGCUUAAUCCAAAACAAUUUAAAAAAAAAAAAAAAAAGUAUUGGUAGCAAUUAGUUUUGUAUUCAAUUGAUAUUUUGUGCAAUAUGGAUUGUUUUCUUUGUAAAUAUUAGUGAUCAGUAUUGAAAAGAGUUUUCUUGCGAUUUGUUAAGGUGCGCAUGCGUAACUAUGAUUUCACAUCCACUAUGCUCAUCAGGUACUCAUGGUUGUCUGUCUGCUUUUCAUGGUGUGGCUUGUGGUCUAAUAUUCUAAAUGCUGAGAGUAAACCAGAUACACUGAAACUUCAGUAAGUUCUUGGAUAUUUAGUUACAUUUGUUUUAUAUUGAAACCAAGAGCCAAGAUAUCUGUAUUAUUUUGGUAGAAUUUUUGCUCCCUCUGUCUUAGUUAGCUAAGUUUUUAAUGAUAUGCAAAAUAACUUAUGUUGUUGAAUCAUUUACUUGGAAGGAGGUGGCAUUUUUGCAUGGUUAAUAGAUCCUCCCCCCCCUUUUUUUUGGGGGGGGGGGGGGGGGGGGGAGGUUGUAAACUGGCUUUUUGGGAACUACAGUAAAACCUGUCUAAUCAACCUGUCUAAUUUGAUAUGUUCUACUACAAGACCGAGUCAAAUCAAAUAGGAUGUUAUAUUGUAGGGUGUAAGUAAUAUGGUAAAAAGACCUACAGUGACACAUGUAUCAAUUAGAUAGUGUUAACUGUACUAUAAAAGUUUCAGAGCCUUCGACUGUUAAAUUGUUCUCCAGAAAUAUUGAUCCCCCACAAUUGUAAAUAAUUGCAUAGUAUUACACCGAUGUUUUCUCUUAAUAGAAGUCCCAAAUAUUACAUGUAUGAAAAAUCAUGAUCAUGUAUUAAAGGGACUGAUUCACGAUUUCCCCCCAAAUUUUGUUUUUCACUUUUGAUGAUGAAAAUUUACUGUCUAAUGUGUUUAAAGGGUUUCACAAAAAAUUAAGAUUUAUAUACAUUAUCACAGAAGCUCAUUGUAGAGAGUUUAUCAUUUCUUUUGUAAACAAAGAUUGCGGUAUGUUAUUUUUUACUAAGAGAAAUGGAUAUCGAUAUAAGUGUAUUAUAUCUAUCACAUUUCAAGUAUUCUUUAGGUAAAAUAUGUCAUCUGAAAGUUAAAUUUGUGACUGUGUAAACUUAAGAUGGUUUUAAUUACAAAAUUAAUUAAUUGAGAGUCUUUGUUUACAUAACACAGAGUUCAGGCUAGAAUAUCGCUUUUAUUCUUGCAUUUAGAAGGUCAAAAUUUUGGCUGGCAACAUUAAAUGAGUUAUAUUUUUAAUGUUAAAACAUUAAAAAUAAGAAAUACUUUUUUCAAAAAAAAACGUGAAUCAGUCCCUUUAAAGUAAUUUUUGUUCAUUCUUCUACUGAUAUAUUUACUCAGGGUUGUACAUAAUUGUUAUGCAUGGUUUUGACUAUUUCAAAUGGGGUGAAACACUUUAAGAUAAGAGGAAAGAAUAAAUGCAUUCUUUCAACAACAAAAAUUGUUGCAAUACCAAAGAAUUGUUGAAAUAUUCAUGAAACUCACUUUUUGUUGUACAUAAAUAACAAGAUAUGUUUAUUUGCUGUGAGGGGAAGUUGUUUUGUUUGUAUGUUGUAUGUUUAUAGUGUACGUAUAUUACGUAUUUUUUCUAGUUGUUACGUAUGGUAUGAUGCCUCACUGCCAGGUCUCUUAAUGUGGUUCAUGUGUUACGUUUUACAAUUUGAAAUGUACACAAUUUUAUACAUUUUAUACAAUAAAUUGUUAUAUUAAAAAUAUAU